ACAGUCGGUCCUGCCGUUUGCAUGUGACUGAGUCAGACUCUCCGAAGAUGAACGUUACCAAGGGUGGCCUGGUGCUCUUCUCUGCCAAUUCCAAUGCUUCGUGCAUCGAACUGGCCAAGAGGAUCGGAGAGCGUCUGGGUGUUGAACUUGGCAAGGUCCUGGUGUACCAAGAGUCAAACAGAGAAACCCGCGUGCAGAUUCAGGAGUCGGUGCGAGGGAAGGAUGUGUUCAUCAUACAGACGGUUUCCAAAGAUGUGAACACCACAAUCAUGGAGCUAUUAAUCAUGGUAUAUGCCUGCCGGACGUCAUGUGCAAAGACGAUCAGCGGCGUCAUCCCUUACUUCCCCUACAGCAAGCAGUGUAAGAUGAGGAAAAGGGGCUCCAUUGUCUCCAAGCUGUUGGCCUCAAUGCUGUGUAAAGCUGGUUUAACGCACUUCAUUACUAUGGACCUGCAUCAAAAAGAAAUUCAGGGAUUCUUCAACAUUCCCGUGGACAAUCUCCGAGCAUCUCCCUUCCUCUUACAGUACAUCCAGGAAGAGAUUCCUGACUACAGAAAUGCAGUCAUAGUAGCCAAAUCGCCAGCAUCAGCAAAACGAGCCCAGUCUUUUGCCGAGAGGUUGCGGCUAGGGAUCGCCGUCAUUCACGGAGAAGCUCAGGACGCAGAAUCCGAUCAGGUGGACGGGCGACAUUCCCCACCAGCAAUCAAGAGUGUGCCCGGCAUUCACAAGUCGUUGGAAAUACCCUUGAUGUUCCCUAAAGAGAAGCCCCCUAUCACAGUCGUGGGUGAUGUUGGUGGAAGGAUAGCCAUUAUUGUGGAUGACAUCAUAGACGAUGUAGACAGUUUUGUCGCUGCCGCCGAAACACUUAAGGAACGAGGGGCCUACAAAAUCUUUGUCAUGGCCACGCAUGGUCUCCUGUCCUCCGAUGCUCCGCAGUUAAUAGAAGAAUCCGCUAUAGAUGAGGUCGUCGUCACCAACACGAUCCCCCACGAGGUCCAGAAACUGCAGUGCCCCAAGAUCAAGACGGUGGACAUCAGCAUGAUCCUGGCCGAGGCCAUCCGACGGAUCCACAACGGGGAGUCCAUGUCGUACCUUUUCAGAAAUAUAGGAGUGGAUGAUUAACCUCUCCCCUCCGCUUUGUCUAUAUAAAUAUAGAUAUAUUUUUUAGGAAUAUACCAAGGGCCAAAACUGGAAGAGUACAGUGUACCUGUGCCGUUACAAGAGCUUACCUUAAUAUUUCAACCAAGCCGUGUUUUUCAGGCUGACCUGUCUACCUGUAGAUUCACCAAUCAAUCAAGAUUUUUUGUUUUUUGUUUUUGGCUUGUCUUUUGGUUUUUUUGCUACCUUUUUAUUUUGUGAACAAAAUGCCACACACAAUGUAUGUUUGUUCCAUGCACCAGAGGUGUCAGAAGCAGCACUACUAGUUAAGAGAGCUGGACUCAGAUGCAUAGCACGGAGUAGUGGUGUUGACCUGUGCCAGG